AUGCCCAUCCAACCAUUAUGCCCCAGUGCCUUCGUUAGUUCAAUACAACCAUUAUGCCCAUCCAUUGCCUUCGUUAGUUCACACAACCAUUAUGCCCAUCCAUUGCCUUCGUUAGUCCACAACCAUUAUGCCCAUCCAUUGCCUUCGUUAGUUCACAACCGUUGCCAUCCAUUGCCUUCGUUAGCACAACCAUUAUGCCCAUCCAUUGCCUUCGUUAGUUCACACAACCAUUAUGCCCAUCCAUUGCCUUCGUUAGUUCGUACCAAUCCAUUGGUUCCUUUAACCAUAUGCCCAUCCAGUGCCUUCUUCACAACCGUAUGCCCACAAUUUGCCUUCCAUUAUACCCCAUCCAUUGCCUGGUCGUUAGUAACCACAACCAUUAUGCCCAUCCACGCCCCUUCGUUAGUUGCACAAACCAUUAUGCCCAUCCAUUGCUCUGUUAGUUCAAUAAACCAUUAUGCCCAUCCAUUGCCUUCUUCGGCACAACCAUUGUGCCUUCAUCCAUUGCCCCAUUCGUUAGUUCGCAUAACCAUCAUGCCUUCGUUAGUUCGCAUCCAGCCCAUCAUUGCCUCCGUUAGUUCGCACAACCAUUAUGCCCAUCAUGCCUUCGUUCGCACAACCAUUAUGCCCAUCCAUUGCCUUCUUCACAACCAUUUCGUUAGUGCCUUCGCAGUUCACAACCAUUAUGCCCAUCCAUUGCCUUCGUUAGUUUCCCACGACCAUUGUGUUGCCCAUCCAGUGCCUUCGUUAGUUCACGUAUUAGUUCUUCAGUUCCGACCAUUAUGCCCAUCCAUUGCCUUCGUUAGUUCACAACCAUUAUGCCCACAACCAUUAUGCCCAUCCAUUGCCUUCUUCACGACAUUGCCCCCGCCAUUGCCUUCGUUAGUUCACACGACCGUAUGCCCGUAUCCAUUGCCUUCGUUGAUUCACACGACAUUAUGCCCAUCCAUUGCCUUUGUUAGUUCGCAACCAGCCUUGCAGCCGGUGCCUUCGUUGGUUCGCACAACCAUUAUGCCCAUCCAUUGCUUCGUUGGUUCACACAACCGUUGCCAUAUCCGGUGCCUUCGUUAG